AUGAUUAUAUCCUCUUAUUCCCUAACAAAUCGUUCAUUAUCGACUACAAUUCUUUUUAAUUAUUCAUCAUUAAUAACAGUACCAACGAUGAAAACGAGUCGUCGACGUUUUGCCAAACCAAGAAGAAAACCGGUAACGGUUAUAGUUCCUACCACGAGUUCAACGCCAAUAUUUGAUUUAAACCUGUAUCAUAGCCGAAAUUUAGAACAGUUAUAUCGUCAAAUGAAAACACCAUUAACAAUGAAAGGGACUACUAGACCAAUCAACACCACCUCACGACCACCACCAUCAUCAACAACAACAACAGCAACAACAACAAUAAAAAUAAAAAAAUCGGAUGGAUCAAUAAUAACAUUCCGAAAAGUGAUUAUUUACAAUCGAAAACAUCCACACUAUCAUCGAUCAACCACAGCAAUUAAAAAUGAGGACAUAGUAACAGACUAUACGACAACAACUAAUAUCACGACUACUAGUGCAACAACAGCAGUAACUACAAAUAUCAAUCAAGAAGAAGUUUUAUUACCUAACUCAACGUUUAUUUUAUCUGUUUCUAAUAUAACUUUGAAUAUAACUAUUGAAGAUAAUAAUACUUCAGCAUUAGCUUUAAACGAAACGAUGCCGAUUCGAUUGAAAACAUUAUCGAUUUUAGUACCGAAACAAAUUAAUCAAACUAGUACAAUUACGACUACUUCGACUAGUAUCAUCACCACCACAACAAUAACUUCUACUAUUGUAAAAAAAACAACUGAUUUGACCGAGAAUUUAAUUCAUACAACAUCUGUUCCACUAACAUUAACGAAAGGAAAUAUUACGGCGGGUGAAGAAAAUACUACGAACCAAGCAGUAGCUCAGAAUUUAAAAAACCUUCAACAAACACGUUCAGGUGUAACAGCACUCGUUAUUGUGCUGUCUUGUACAUUCGGUGGACUUAUUGGAGUUGCUUUAUUUCUCGCAUUUAUUCUACGACGUCGUAUAAGUUCAACAUAUUUAAAAUUACCGUGUAUUCAUAAAGAACGUCGAAAUACUGAUGAUACACCAUCAUCUGCGUCAUCUUACUCACCCAUUCUUGGUAAGCGCAAUAUUCAUUUACUUGAAAAGAUUUGUGGAUAUUUUCAUAUUAAAAAAUCAGAUUUUGUUAUUUCGGUAAUGGGUAAUCAACAAUCACCUAAAAUAAGUCCAUUUGAGUCAGCUUCGUCUUCUUCAUCUGCAUCUCACUUCUCCGUCUCAGCAUCAUCCUCAUUAUCUCAUGAAUAUCGACGAAAACGAUCAGCUAUUGAUCAACGUCGCCGUCGCCAUUCAACGAUCACAACAGCUCCUCCAACGCCAACGGUGAAAACAACUACUGUUAAAAAUCAUGUAUUUGAUCCCGUAUCAGAUACACUAUCAACAACGUCAACUGUAGUAUCGACAUUAUCAAUACCAAAUGGUGUUUUGAAAGAUAGAAGUAAUAAUGAACAAACAAUACCAUCUUCAAAGAUUACAAACACAACAAUUCGUUCAAUCUAUGAUUUAUUAACAACAGAUAGUAGUCAAUCUACAAAAUUUGUUCCACCAUGUGAAUUUUCUGUUUAUCAAUUACACGAUAUAUGGAAUCAUAAACAUGCACAUGACGAUUUAGAAUUUUCUAUCGAGUUUAAAAGUAUUCCAAAUGAUGAUUUGCCAUGUACUGCAGCUACACGACAAAUUGUUGCAACAAAAAAUAGAUUUUUAAAUAUAUUACCAAUUGAUGCCACACGAGUAAUAUUGAAUGUACUAAUUAAUGAUCCAGCUACUGAUUAUAUUAAUGCCAAUUACAUAUCAGGCUAUAAAUGUCCGAAAAAGUAUAUUGCUACACAAGGUCCCAAACCGGAUACAACAGAAGAUUUCUGGAGAAUGAUCUGGGAAUUAAAACUAAAAUCAAUUGUUAUGUUAACAAAUGUUAUUGAAGGAGCAUCUCGAAUGACUAAAUGUCAUCAGUAUUGGCCAGAAAUUGGUUAUACAAAUAUAUAUGGCUCUUAUCGAGUGACAGGAAUCGAUUCAACAUCGUUGAGAGAUUAUGAUAAGCGAUAUUUUCAUCUUUCCAAGAUUCAAUCAGAUGCAGUAUCAACAUCGUCGUUAACUCCAAUAGACGCUAUAUCUUCGACGUCAAGUAGCGAAUAUACUAGCGGUGAAUUACAACAACGACUUAUCAUUCAAUAUCACUACACACAAUGGCCCGAUAUGGACAUUCCUGUGGAUUCACAUCCAUUAAUUAAUUUAAUCAAAGAAGUCAAUGAACAAAAUGGAAAAGAAGAUUAUCCAAUUGUUGUUCAUUGCAGCGCUGGUGUCGGACGUACUGGCACGUACAUAACCAUCGAUGCUAUGAUCGAUAAAAUUGAACAAGAAGGCAAAAUUGAUAUUUAUAAUUUUGUGAUGCAUAUGAGAAAAGAACGAAGUUUAAUGGUACAAACAGUGAGGCAAUAUGUAUUUAUUUAUCGUGCGUUAUUAGAAUAUUAUCUAUUUGGUUAUACACGGAUAGAAGCAAAUUUAUUUAAACAAAGUUUGAAUAAUCUAAGAAAAUUGACAGAUGUAAACACAAAAACGACGUUUUUACAGCAAGAAUUUGAUAAACUAUCAUUGUUACCUGUUGAAUAUAUAUCGCAUCGUGAUGCAUUGCUAAACUGUAAUCUUGAAAAAAAUCGCAAUUCACAUUUUGUACCUUACGAUCGUAAUCGUGUAUGUUUAAGUCGAAUAUUGGGUUAUCCGUAUAUCAAUGCAUCAUUUGUUGAAGGUUAUACAAAAGAAUGUUCAUUUAUAAUCACUCAAGAUCCCUUAAUAGAUACAAUUUCAGAAUUUUGGAGAUUGUUUGUUGAACAUGAAUCGAACUGCAUUGUACAAUUGCAUACAGCUUACACAAAUGAGAUACCCUGUCCAAUAUACUACCCAGAUGAGUUGGGUUCAACAAUGAAAAUUGGUUCAACAACAUUAAUUAAAUUAGUUCAUAAAGAAAUUCUUGGAUCUAAAAUGAUUUUAAGAGAAAUCGAUUUAACUGAUACAAGAGAAGCUUUAUCAAAAACAAUUUAUCAUUUUGAAUAUUUAAUUCAAAUAACAAACAAUGAUAACAUUCAAACAUGUACACCAACUACACUUAAUGAUAUUAAUAAUCUAUUUGACUUUAUUGGACAAGUUCGAAAACAACACAGAUUAUGCGGCGAAAAAUAUAUUACAGUACAUUGUGGUUGUGGUGGGCCAUCAACAUCGCUUUUUUGUGCUGCUAUCAUCUUAUUAGAUCAACUGAAAAGUGAACAUGCAAUUGAUAUAUUUCAGACAGUGAGAGGUUUGCAACGACAACGAAUGAAUAUGAUUACAAAUCUGAGUCAAUAUGAAUAUUUAUAUAAUUUAAUAUUAAAAUUUCUUGAAGAAUCAUUUGAUCGUACAAUGUGGACAAAAUCGUCUUUAACUAAUAGUACAUACGAUAAUAAUACACAAAAUGAUGAACAAGUAUCAUCUAUAUCAUGUUCAAAAUCAAAUAUAAAUCAUGAUAUUUAUUAA